AUGCACCAGUCUCUCAAUUAUAUCGCUCUGGCAUUGCUUCUAGCAGUCCCCCAAACCCUAGCGCACACUUCACGCGCCACGGCUGCUGGAUACACACUUAAGAAUUCCUAUGAAGGAGAGACAUUUUUCGACGGCUUCACUUUCUUUAUCUAUGACGAUCCAACGGCAGGAGCCGUAAACUACGUCGACAAAGCGACAGCGUUCAGCAAGGGCCUAGCGGGGUAUGAUUCAGGCACUCCGUACAUCCAGUUCGACAAUUGGUCACAGCUGUCCGCGACUGGCGAUGGCAAACGCGACUCUGUGCGCAUCCAGAGCGACGACUCAUGGAAUGGGGGAGUUUUGACAUUCGACGUAGCUCAAAUGCCCUAUGGACUGGGCACAUGGCCUGCUUUCUGGACGAACGGUCCCGACUGGCCCAAUGGCGGGGAGCUCGAUAUUAUCGAGGGAAUCAACAACGAUACCUAUAACCACGUCACUAUACACACAUAUGACGGGUGCACUCAAAGCGGGACGGCGGCAGCCAUCGGCGAGUACAGCUCAGAGACGCACGACUGCUCUGGCUUCACGCCCACCAAUAGCGGAUGUGGGUUUGAGGACCCCAAUCCGAACAGCUAUGGCGAGGGGCUGAAUAACGGGGGCGGGGGUGUGUUUGCAACAGAGUGGGAUGUUGACGCGGGAACUUUAAAGACGUGGUUCUUUCCGCGCCUCCUCAUCCCCCAAGACAUCCUUAACAACAGUCCCAACCCUCAAAAUUGGGGUCAGCCAGUCUCGCACUUUGUUAGCGAUAGUUGCGACUUGAGCACGUUUACGAAUCAUAGCAUCAUCCUUAAUACCACUUUGUGUGGGUAUUAUGCUGGAAACAACUUCCCUAAUGGUGGCCUGGAGGCAUGCAAUGAGUUCAUCCGCGAUCCAUCUAAUCUCCCUAACAACAAAUGGGUCGUCAACUCAAUCAGGGUGUACGAAUAG